AAUCAUGGGACAGAGAAUUUAAAUCGGAAUGGAACUAUGGAAGGACUUUUUUGAGUUUUGUUUUUCUUAUUUUAAAAAAAAAAAAUUCAAGAGGGAAAAGAAAGUUUUUGCCCCAAAAUUUCAAGUUUCCGCGACAAGUUUCGCGCUAUGUAGCUCUUCUACUGCCUCCUUUCCCCUUUCCCUCUUCUUCUUUCCCGUUUCUCCAAACUAAGAGAGAGAAAUUGAAGAGAGAGAAAGAAGAUAUUGCAGAAAACCAGAUGUUCGGGAGGAUAAGAUCUCCGCCGUCAACGGUGGAGUUGUUGGAAUUAGAGCGCUUGCCCUCGAAGCUUUUCAAGGACGAUUCUCUCUCCAUUUAUGAAUCGACACUUGCUAAGCUCAAGCAAGGUUCUCAACGUAAUUUAAGCCAGGAAACCCAAGUUUCCAUGGAUUUUGAAGCGAAAUCAACUGCUUCGGAGGAUUCACACAAGGGUUCGCGGUUGUGUAGCGAACAAGGACUACCUGCUUGCAGUACUGACAGUUCUUGUUCUGGUGUUUCUUCAAGUCCUGAUCAGGAACAAAAGAUAGGCAGAGAAAUCUCAAUACGUUAUUUGUUUUCCAAGUAUACUACUUCAAAUAAAAAGGAAAGCUCGACUAGUUACAAUGGUGGUUCUUCAGUAAAUAUGUCUGCCUGUUCGAGUGAGUCUGAAUCGUCAGGUUGCUCAAGACUUUAGCUUUGAUCAUGAGCAGAAUACUCAGAAUUCUGUGAAACAGUCGACACCAAAUGUCCGAGAAGGUGGUAGCAUUUUGUUUUGCUGAUUAACUUAUGAUGGUGUGUAAAAUGGAUGCAACAAUAGGGAUGAUGUUCAGUCUUCUUGUAAUGUUCAGUGUUAAUACUGUCCUUUCUAUUGCCUGAUUGGAAAUCAGAGUUCUGUUCUCCAAUAUCAGAUGAGUUCUAUCCCACUUCACAAUGUAUUGUUAAAUAUAAUACGGGGUAUUCAAAAAAAAUGUACUGUUACAAUAAAUCAUAAUCUUUAAUCACCAGCAAUUUUAUUUCA